UGCCCUAUCCCCUCUCAAUCGCAUCCCCUAUUCCCUCUCCAUCCCAUUUCCAUCCCCUAUCCCCACUCAAUCCCAUCGCCUAUUCCCUCUCAAUCCCAUUUCCAUCCUCUAUCCCCUCUCAAUUCCAUCUCCUAUUCUCUCUCCACCUCAUCUCCAUCCUCUAUUCCCUCUCCAUUCCACCUCCUACUCCCCCUCAAUCCCAUCCUUUACUCCCUCUCCAACCCAUCUCCAUUCCCUAUCCCCUCUCCAUCCCAUCCCCUAUUACCCCUCCACCCCAUCCCCAUCCCCUAUUCCCUCUCCAUUCCACCCCCUAUUCCCUCUCAAUCCCAUAUUUUAUUCCCUCUCCAUCCCAUUUCCGUCCCCUAUCCCCACUCAAUCCCAUCCCCUAUUCUCUCCUCAUCCCAUCUCCAUCCCCUAUCCCCUCUCAAUCCCAUCCCCUAUUCCCUCUCCAUUCCACUCCCUAUUCCUUCUGAAUCCCAUCCUUUAUUCCUUUUCCAUCCCAUCCCCUAUCCCCUCUUCAUUCCACCCCUUUUCCCUCUCAAUCCCAUCCUUUAUUCCCUCCCCAUUCCAUCCCCUAUUCCCUCUCUGUCCCAUCCUCAUCUCCUAUUCCCUCUCCAUCCCAUCCCCUAUUACCCCUCCACCACAUCUCCAUCCUCUAUUCCCUCUCCAUUCCACCCCCUA